AUGGCCGAACCCUUCGGACACUUCACUCACGCCCUGGUGCGGGCGCUGCCGCCCCCGGGGGACCCCCGUGAGGAGGCGCUGGGGGUCGCGGAGCCCCCGGGGCCCGCCCCGGACCCCGCCAAGGCGCGGCGGCAGUGGGGGGUCCUGGGGGGGGUCCUGCGGCAGCGCCUGGGGCUGCAGCUGCUGGAGCUGCCCCCGGCCCCAGGGGGGCUCCGGCCGCUGCUGCUCGAGGAGCUCGUGGUGGUCCAGGGGGGGACGGCGCUGCUCACCCGCCCCGGGCCCCCCCGGCACCAGGAGCUCGGGGGGCUCCGGGAGGUGCUGGAGCAGCUCCAGCUCCGGGUGCUGUCGGUGACGGACGAGGGGGCGGCGCUGGACGGGGGGGACGUUCUGUUCACCGGCCGGGAAUUCUUCGUGGGAAUCUCCCCCUGGACCAACCUGCGCGGGGCCGAGGCCGUGGCCGACGCCUUCAGGGAUUUCACGGUGUCCACGGUGCCGGUGGGCGGCGGGGGGCGGCUGAAGGGGUUCUGCAGCAUGGCAGCCCCCCAGACCAUCGCCCACGGCAGCAGCGACUGCGCCCGCAGGGCCAUCAAGGCCAUGGAGCAGCUCUCGGACCACGCGUACUCGCGGCUGCCGCUGCCCGACGACGCGGCCGGGAAUUGUCUGUUCACGCGCCCGGGGGGGCUCCAGGGGGGGGUCCUGCUGCACCGGGGCCCGGAGGAGUUCCCGCCCCGCGGGGCCCGGGGGGCGUGGCCCGGGGGUGUGACCCAGGGCGUGGUCAUUGUGGCGUUCCAGAAGGUUCCGGGGGUGUCGCUGGUGCCGCUGGACCUGAGCGAGGCCGCCAAGGUGGGCGGGGCCCUGAGCUCCUGCUGCGUCCUGCUGUGGGCGCGGCCGGGGGGGCGGGGCCAGCUCUGA